CUGAUUGGAAGCGCGGAACUCCUCCACAGUGUUAGUAGUCAGAAGAGCUUUGACCAAUUGCACGACCCCCUGUGGCGAUAUGAAAUUGGUCUCUACGUUGACCACCCUAAGGGCGGUAUUGGCUUGCAGCGCGUCGGCCAAUAGACCGGCCAUGCGGUCAUUGAGGCCGACGUUGACGAGAGUUAAUACUUCCAGGUGGGUGUUUGUCUUCAGGCCUUCGAAUAGCUUCUCGAACUUUUCGUCGCUUAUGUUCUGUGGGAUGUGGGAAAACGAAUAUUUUAAAGACUUGUUACAUUAUAAGACUACUCAAUAUUAUGAAGCCGAAGAGAUUUUUUAUUUAUUUAGCAUUUAACAGAUAAAUACUUAAAUCUAAAAAUAACACACGGCCAGGCAGAAGACGGGAUUUUCUGUAGAUUUAAACAUAAAGCAGUUAAAUGCUUUUAAAAUAUAGCUGCAAUUGCUAUUUCUUCUUUCAAAUGUAUAAUACUUCUUGUAAGGGUAUUUCGGUUAGGUUUGACAUUGUGGGUGGGACACGACAAUUACGGUAACAUAAUUGGUCAGUGCAUCCGCCCGGAUAGCAGAGGGUGCGGGUUCGAUCAUCGUGUGGUUUUAUAUUUCUAAUAAAAUUCACUUUAUUCAAAUUGACUUUUUGAAAGCUGUUUUGAAUCGUCCAAUCUUUUUUCCUACUCAUUCAGGACAUCUUUUAGUUUAUAAGAAGAAGGGGGCGUAAGAAACUUAUUAACAACACAAGUUAUCAAAAUCAAUAAAAAUAUGUUUAGGUAAUUACAGGGGCGUAUUUACCAGGGCCAAGAGAGCCAUGGCCCAGGACUAGGGUUACCAUCCGUCCGGAUUAGUACGGACAUGUCCGGACUUUUAGACUAUAGUCCGGACUUUGUCCAGAUCUUAAAAUUGUCCGGACUUAUUAAAUUACAUCGAAUAUGAAUUAUAAAAAUACAUAUUGAUUUAAAUACGAUACCAUUGUGACUAAGUGAGUAAUGGUACCAUUAUUCGACUAAAAAGUCCGGACUUUUUUCGAAAUGUCAGGAUUUUUGCCAGGACUUUUGAAAUUCCUAAAUAGUUACCCUACCCGACAGAAGCCUAAUUUAAUUUUCCAUCCAUUUCACAUAAUGUACUGAUGAAUGGAAUAUAUACUGAUUCAUUUGCUUUAUAUCAACCCAUAUUUAUACUCUGUGUAAUGUCUACGUUGCUCCUAACCUCACCUUAUUUAUAAUAAAAACCGUUCCAUUACCUUAAUAUUGUUCCAAUUGAGAUCAGUGAGUUUCUGGUCAUUCUCCCUUACUCUUUUAACCGUGUCGUCGGGAUCCGUGUCGUUGGGGGGGUCCAUUGGGUAAAUCUGGAAUCACAAUAUCUAGUAUUAAUACUCAGUGAUAAUUAAGUCGUUUCUUCAAAGGAACUUUUAUGACAUUGACAAGAAUAAGUGGUGAAAUGAGGAUUACAAAUUACGUAAGAUCUCCUCGCUAAAAGGAGCGUUAUAAUUAACAAUAUUACGGAAGGAGUAAUAGUGAAUAUAAGAAGCUUAUUUACACCUUCCUAUAUAAAUAAAAAGGCUUAUUUUUUUGUAUCUUUCUAUAUUUUUUAUCGUUUUCGGCCGCGCGCCACAAUAUCUUGGGUCACACUGUACUAUUUAUUGAGAAUCAUUUAAACAUUUUCCUUAAACAAUUUAAGCUGAUAAUGGUGUCGAUUCUGGCAUGAUUUUCUAAACUUAUAACUAAAUUUAACAUCAUCUGGCCUUUUAAUUCUGUAUAGAGAAUUACAAAGAUGCACAAAUUUAAGUUAAGCACAAACGAAGGUGAUGAUUAGAUUACCUUGGGCUUGGUCGCCUUGGUGAUGCCGUCCCAGCCGAGCCCCACCGGCUGUCCCUUGUUGAGGAGGGACGCGUGGUACUGUUCCUGGUUCAUCAUCGAGUGGAACCCAAGGAUGGCUGCCGACAUACAAUAUUACCCACAUUUUAUAUAUAUCACGGUUCAUCAUCGAAUGGAACUAUAUUACCCACAUAAUAUAUGAGGAGCUGGCGAACAAAAUGGUAUAAUUACAUAAAUAUUAAUUUUACAGGAGUUGUAUAAAACUGAAUGACAUACCUCCAGUGAGCUUUUGGCAUGGUUUUUAAUUUAUAAAUUUGGUAAUUUUAACACAGUUUUAGGCGGUUUUGAUGGAAAUAUAUUUGAGAUUCAAAUUCAACGGGCCCGAAACCUGCGACUUUUAAAAAAAAUAGUUUGACCAGAUGCGUAAUUAUACCGUUUUAUUCGCCAGCUCCUCAUAUAUAAGUUAAAUGUGCGAUUUAUGACGGUUGUAAAGUUAGCAACGAGCGCAACUAUGCGCAGUGCCCUUAGCAUGAACCAUUAUCGAAUUUGAAUAGUUGAAUUCGAUCUAUUUUAUACGUCAAAUGUGUACUGAUUUUUAGUUCUCGCAAUGUCCGUUAUGGCGCUACUAUUCAAGUUUCCAUACAAAAUUUGACAAUGACAUUUCGUACUCACAAACUAGUCAAAUUUGAUAUUGGUUCGUGCUAAGGGUACAGGUUUCUGUUCAGUGACAUCCCGAGCGCCUACAUCACUCGCUUAUUAUCAACGUAUUAGAAAUGAUAUGGAAGCAUUAUUCUCUAACGAAGGCCGCUUAAACAUGGUUCUAAACUCAUCACACCUAAACUUUAAUACUAACGCGACAAGCACAGAGACAAAACAAAAUAAUUUGACAAAUGAAAUAUCUGCAAAUGAAUUUGGCUUUCCAUUCAUUGGGUAAGAUAAUGUUAAACCAACUAUCCCCAGAAUAGGCUUGUUUAUCGCAUUUUUUCGCCCCGCCCGCUUGAACUCAGUUUGAGGGGAAUCACUCUUUAGCGCUUUUUAGGGCAUAUGUUUGGGCCGGCUAUUAAUCCAAUAAUAGACUACUUUUUUUAAAGCCUCUCAUUGUUGGCAAUCAAAGUCCUAUAAAUAUAAUAUACUACAUAUUUAUUUUUAAGCCCUUCGCUGUUUGUCAUUCAAAGUCGAAGAAAUCCUCUGCACCCUUAGUACGAGUUUUACAAUUACGAAAACUAUGAUAGUUUUCGUGAGCUCGCACUCGUACAAAGGGUACUGAUUAUAUUGUUUUCGUUUCAAUACAAAUAAACAGUGUUUAAAUUCUAUCAUUAAAUCAUUUGCGUCUUCUUAAAUUUUAAGUAUAUUUGGUUACUUUUAACCAAAAUGGACAUAGAAACAUAAUUUACAAUUACGAAAACUAUGAUAGUUUUCGUGAGCUCGAACUCGUACUAAGGGUACUGAUAGUAGAGAAAAAAUUACACUAUCCAAAAGUGCAGAGUUAUGUCAUACUUCUUAUUUUGAUAACAUUAUUUUUAGUUUUAUUUUGAUUUGAAUAAGUGAAAUGGUAGACGGUGUUCAUGCUAGGAGAAGCAUGAGCAUGAUGACAAUAUCACAUUUUUUAUCACGCUCAAUUUUGAUAAAAUGUUAUACAUAUCAUAUGCUUCACUGAAACGACCCAAACAAUCAUACUGAAUGUAUGUAUGUACUAACCUGCCAAGUCUAUGAUCUCCUCCUGCGAGGCGGCGGUCAGCGCCUGCUCGUACUCGUCGCCGAGGUCGAUGCUGAUCUGUUCCUCAGCGUCACGCAUCUUCUCCGGGGGCGGAGGGGGGAUCCACUGAAACGACCCAAACAAUCAUACUGAAUGUUUUAUACAUUCCUCAUACCUCAGAACAAGAACUGAAACAUAGAAAUUCAGCUCAUAUAGUUAUCUUAUUUUUACCGGUAGGCUAAAAUAGGACAAAUAUAUGUUGCUAUGAACCAUAAUACAAACAGCAUGCAUACCACUAUACAAACGACAAUUUGUAUACCUUUGUAUGCCUUGUGGCUGGACCUUUAUUACCUUUACGAUACCAAUAAAAAAGCAAUCUUAUGUCAAAUGCAACUUGCCACCACGCCACUACAACUUUUUGGUUGGCUAAUAGUUUCUUCAGAAAUCUCUUUGGUAAAUUAUUGUUAAUGGGAGUGUACGCUCAAAUGUCAUAGCAUUACUUUACUUCUGUGCUUUAGUUCUUUCUGAGAAAGAAACCAAUUAAUAACGAGCUAACAUGUUAAGCAUUGAAAACUUUUAGAGUAAAAUGAUUAGAAAUCUGGUCUGUAGAGAUAUGGCCUGAGAGUAAGCAGCCACCUUAUUUUAGCGAUUUUGACACAGGUUCUAUAGACGCUUAUACUGACCAUAUACCUACCUAUUUGUAGAUUCAAGUAAUGAUUGUGAAUUAAAAUUAUUAUUAGUCAAAAUCACACAAACAUAUGAAAUUGAUCAAGUUAUAAGUAUGCUUAUCUGUAGGCCUUGCCAAAUAUAUAGAUAAUUACGAUAGUAAUAAACAAUUCGUUGUCAGUAGGCACUUGAUAUAGAAUGAGCUAAAGACCGAUUUCAUUUGCAUUAAAAAUUAAAGUCAUAACCUUUUAGAAUUUCAAAUUUUACCUUUUUGCCACGUAUAACCCCUGCUACAUAAGGUUUCACCUCGGGUCGGUCGGGGGUUUCCAGGGCCUGUUUGUUGAUGUGUUCUAUUAGCUUCUUUCGGUUGAGUGGUCCGGUUGGGUCCUUCUCACACGCGUAAUUGUUGCGUAGGGAAGGGGGUAAACAAUUGUCCUGGAAUCAUAUAGAUUGUUUGGUUAAUAAAAGUGAAUCAAUUAUUACUGAUUUUCCUUUGUUAUCUGUCAAUAAGGAAGCACUAUGCUCAAAAAUGGGCUGAUGAUAAACACGUACCAUAAUGUAUUUCAGACUAUUAACACUAAUCAUAGUAUUACAGACCCUAUCUAGCACAGAUGCCAGCUUCCCACAAUGUACUUUAAUGAUAAUAAAUAUUGUUACUCAUAUUUGCUUGAGAGAAAAUAAUAAAAUAUUCUGACCAAUCUAUAAUAGUCUUAUUAAAAAUUUGCUACCUCUUAUGCUUUUGCAAUCAAUGAUAAUUAUAGGCAUGAUAGCAUUGUAAACAUUAUUAUAAUUAAGAAUUUACUUUAUUUUACAGUCAUGGCAAAGCCUAGACUUAGUACUAGUCUUGGGGUGUGAUUUCAGGGAUUCUCUAAACCUAAACUUAAAUUUGACAACAGUGUAUCCUUGUCAUUCUCUAUACAGAAUAAAAAGGAUGGAUUGGUGUUAAAUUGAGCUUUAAGUUCAGAAUCAACACCAUUGCUGUUUCUCAUUUUUCUAAUACAAGUGCUUUAGCUAUUAGAUUUAUCUUCUACCUUUAUCAACACAUCAUUAUCAGCCCAUGAAACUGCUGGGGUACACACUUUCCUAUGGACAUAAUAGUCAUAACACACCAUGGUGUCUCAUCACCACAUGAUGUGUGCUAAAAACUAAAAAUAUAGCAAAGACCAAAUAAAUACUUAAUGUGCCUUCUUUAGAAGCACUGGAUUAUUACCAGUUUAAAAAAUGAUUUCAAUAUACAUUCGGGCACAUUUAGUAUAUGUUUGAUAACAAUAAAACUUGCUUUAAGCAUUAAAUUGAGCACAGCCUAAUGAGGUAAUACAAACGAAUGUCUUUAAUAAUAACUUUACACUCAACUGAUAAGCUAAGCAUGCACCAGUUUCUUUAUCAGAAGUUUUAAGACAGUAAAUUUUAUGAUUUGUUGAGAGUUUCCAUACAUUACUUGUGUAAAUUCUUGGUUAGACGUAGUUUAAGCCUAAUGCUGUAUAUCAUUAGUAAACAAAGGCGAUAGUAUUAUUUUUAAGUCUAGUUUAAGUAAAUGUUAAGUAAAAAGAAGUAAUGGUUCACAACAACUUGAAACCAAAAUAAUAUAGUGGCACAAUCAAAAGCAAACUUAUUGUCGCUCUCAGCAAUGUCAAUUUAGUUUCAUGCAUAAAGAAAGCGUUGUUUUAUUCCAUUACACACACAAGAGAGGUAGAGCAUACAGAUUUUCCACCCGAAUUGGAGCACCUGUUUGGGGAUGUCACCUCCACCUUACAGAAGAUACAUAGUAAAACCUACCUACCUACCUUACACAGUAAAAUGCCACUACUUUUAUGUAGUAUUGUGUUUCUGUCGGUGAUUAACGUUACAGGGCUCCUCAGGGUAAGGAUUAUGUCAGGGAAGUCAAUGACUUGUGAUAUUUUUGAUAUUGCAAGCAUCUAUAGCCUAUGAAAUGAAAUAAUUACAUCCUUGAGUGCAGCUGUUAUAGUAUUUUGGUGAGGCUAAAGCAUUAAGUUUGCCUCCAAAAGCUAUGGGCGUUGUUAAAAUCAACUAUCUUUAUUAAAUAACUUUUGUGGCUCAUUUUAUAAUACAAAAGCAGGCAAAGUUAAUCACAAUAAUAUUAAAUAGAAAAUUCAGUCACUUAUCAGGCAGCAAAAUGUAAACAUUGACCUGUGCUGUAAGCAACCAUGUUAAUAUUGUUAAUGUUAACAUUAGUAACUGGAGCAUGACUGAUGCGGAAGUCUAGGAGUUUAGCACUUACUUAAAUAAUGAGUGUUGAGUUUUACACCAACAAUGGGUAAAGUAGAACAUCAAGCACAUGCUGUAUAGAAACAAAAUAAACAUGUAAAGAUGUGUAGUGGAUUCGCUCUAUACGAUGUAUGUAUGUAUCAUGGAAUAUAAAAUUUAAGUAUCUUGAAAUAAGCCUUUGAUUUCUAAAAUCAGCCUUUUAUUUAAAGGGGCUUAUAGUAUAUAAAAUAAAAAUUCUAAUAAAUAUUCUUAGUUCUAUAUUUGAUUAAUGAUUGUAAUAAGAAGGGAUAAGCAGGAAUUUUAUUUAAUUAAAACUAUUUUUAUCAAAAAAUCAUAAUAACAUACUGAAAAUACUACUUAAGGUAAGGAAAAACUAACUCAAUAGGAGAAAAACUACAAUAAUAAAUAAGUAAAAAUAACUUUGAGAUAAUUUGUUAAUAUCAUAUCACAGUCAUGAGGAAAAAACAUUAACAUUAUUUGAAAAUAACCUUGCAAAUAAGUAUUCUAUGUAUCAAGAUGUGCAAUGUUUUACAUGUAGUUAUAAACACAACAUGACCAUGACAAUAAAUAAAGGAUAUAUUGAGCUUCAAAUGUUGCAAUGAUAUAAUGAAAUUAUAAACAUUGCAAAACUAAAUGUUAAAUUCAUUUGUUAUUGUAAAUAAUUUGUAACGCUCAAUCAAGCAAUAAUUUUUUAAUUGAAUGAGGACCUAAUUAUUUUUGUAAUUAUGAGUGUACAAAUGUAGAAAUAAUUUUAAUUGGAAUGUUUGUUUAGGUAGAUAUAAAUUUUAUCAGCAACUGAAAAUGAUUACUGGAUUACCAAGAUAGCAAAGAAGGAGUGUUUACUGUGUAGAUGACAUAAUCAUACAAGCAAAGCUAUCAAAUUAAACUAACCUUGUGACUGAAUAACAAGUCAUAAAUUUAAAAUCCCGACAAUGUCUUGAAUAUGAAAACCUAGGUCUAAUUUGUUUCUGACAAUGCAGGUUGUAGUCUGUUGAUGUAUUACAUUUUGUAUUCCAAACAAUAUUCUGGUCCUACUCACGAGUAAGUAAUUUAUGCAGUGAUAUGAUUAUUUUCUGUUACAUUAGAAUAUUAAACAACAGGAAGAAAAUAAGUGAGUUAUGGUUAGUGUUCCAAGCAUAAAUCUGAAAUACACUUACAUCUGGAUCAACAUCCUUUGCUAACAUGUUGAGUUCCUCUUGUGUGAGCUUCGAAAGCAGCUCGUCCACGUCAACCUCAUCGUACUGCGAGAUGUCUCGACCGUACAGCUUAGCUGGUGUUGUCAUCGUCGUCGUUUUUGUAGUUGACGACUUCUACAAACACAAAACACCACACUGAACAAUGUUUUCACCACUCAAUUAAGUAAGGUUAGGUAUAUCAGUCAGUUUUUCAGUCUGCAAUAUAACACAACGAUAUCACACAGCAUAUUCUAUGAAUAGGUUGUAAUUCCAACAAAUCCAGUAAGGCACCAGAUAUUUUAUGAAAAAGAUUUAAGUUAACAGUAACGAAUAGUACUUUUUUGACAACUAACUUUCGGCGUUCACCACACCCACAAAUUAUUUGAUAAUGAUUUAUUUUCUCACAAAAUUUUAUUAAAAAAACGGUUGCAAAUUGUUUUAAACUGCACAUCAAUUUAAAAUCCUGAUUAAAAAUAGCCUUACUUCGGAAUAAAGGCUUCACAAGACGGACAAGUUAAAGUUAGCGAAUGUAACAAGCGCCCCCUACGAUUGACAAUACAAAACUAAAGAAAUUAAAUUAUCUGUGUAGAAAAAGACAGCAAACUUUUUGCCCUAUACGGCGCAAAAGAGACAACAAUAACUAGGGAGGGGACGAGAAGAAGUCGCGGAAAAGUUGAAUUCGUAAAGUAUACCUACUACAUAAAACGCAAUAAACGCUAAGUAUUUUUAUGUUAGAUGCACAAGAUACAUGAGGAGUUUUCUAUUUAAUAAAACUUAAUUUGUUUUUAUAUUUAUUUAAAAAAAAUAUUCUAUGUAAAUAAAUGUUUAAUUUAACAGCAUUAAUGUGAAUUAAUGCUGUUUAAAUUUAGUUCUUCCAAUUUAAUAGAGAUGAUUUAUUCACAAACACUCAAUAUUUUGGAAAACCCCAUUAAACAAUUACCUGCACCAUGGAAUUGGUGAGAAAAACAAAUUUUCCUUUAUAAUUUCUUGACUAACAAGUGACUUAAUUAGUAGUCUUUAAGUAAUAGAAUCGACUUUUUACAAUAAUUAUUAAUAUUAAUUUAGUAAGCAGGUAUCCACUGAUUUAGUAAAAAAUACUUAUUAUAAUCCACAGAAUUAUGCAUUUCAUUUUCCUUGGUCAACGGUUGCUCUAUAAAAGGAUGAUUACGCAAUGACUAUAUUUCGUGGUGCCUGGCCUACCUAGCACUGCUAUCUAACCGUGACCUUUAUAAUAAUAGCAAGCAUUGUCAUAUCAAUUUACUACUUACGGCAUUGCGUUGAUUUACCAGCCAUGGGUGCAACGUUACUAAAGCACAGAUACAAAUAACUAGAUAAAACAUUAAGUAGGUAGGUGUUUUUCUCUACAUACAAUACCUAUUAUACUGUUUCUAUAACUGUUUCACAGUUUUGUUGCACAUCACAAAGUGCAACCAUUAAUAACUUUUAGCCUGCAUAGACGAGGGACUUUAACUGGGACUUUUUUCCGCCAAAAUAGCAGAUCGCUUGCAAUUACUGCAUCUGCUGCAGCAACUGCAUCAAGUCGCACACGAGGUAUUCAAAAUCCCGCGUACGAAAAGUCCCCCGAACAACCGAGAACACUGAGAGAUAGGAUUAAAGUAGGUAUGCAAGAGUCACCUAAAAAAAAAAUAGAACUCCUGUGACAAAGCGCAGCAACACAUACAGGGAAGGGAACUUUAGUAAUCGGCGGAUCCGAAUUUAAAAGAUGGACCUAGUAUUCUCUUUCAAAACAUCUCUUUUUCUUGAACGUCAUGUUAAUUCCAAUACAACGUUAACUGAGAAUAUUCACUUUCGUGCGCAUGCGCUUUUCUAAAUUUUCGGUGGCAAAUUUUCGAACAUCGUUGACAAGUCCUCGGCGGACAUUUUCUUCUAGAUUCAGUACUUUUGUCUCCACGGACAAAAGUCCCUCAUCUGUGCAGUCUAUUACCUACUCAUAAUUACAUAAACGCAAUUGAUAAUGUGAAAAAUGUAAAAAAGGUUUAAUUUCAUAUUUUUUUUUACGUGGGCAUUAGGGCUUUGUACGUCAUACUGGUGUGUGUCGUGGGGUCGUGUAAGGAGGGUCGUUGCGUUUCCUAAUAUAUGGUUGAGCGAACCGAUGGCUGGUUCAUGCGUCAUGCUCGUGAACGGGUGCUGCCAGCGGUGAUGAGUCUGCUCUUGCUACAUUGGGUACUAUUAAUCGUUGUAUUUUACUUUAAUAGUACAUUUGUUUUUAUGAUUAAACAGUAGGACACGGCAUUCCUAAACUUUUUUAAAUCAGUUUUUUAUAUUUUUUUAUUUUAUAGUCAUAUUUUUCAUAACAUUUACAUUUGUAAUGGAAAGUGACUUCAUGAGUUAUCUCACAUUGAAGCCAUUUUUCAAUUUGACGACUCUGUAUAUAAUACAGGGAGAAAAAAAACUGCCUUUGCUGAGUUUCUUGAUGGUUCUUCUCAGUACUGGCUGAUGGCGUAGGCUUUUCGACAUUCACAAAUGCUUGUAACAGCCUAGACUGAAUAAACGAUAUUAAAUUUCGAAUACUUACGAGAAAUUGUAAUAACUUAAAAGCUAUUUCUACAAUAUUUUUUUGUAUUUUUAUAUCUUAAGCAUUUAACUACUAGAUGUCGACAUCUAAUGAAAUUUUUACUAGAAAAAAAAUCUACGCGGUCUUGGCUGCAGACGGAACUCGAACCCGCACCCUUCGCUAUCCGGACGGAUGCUCCCACGCGCCCAGUCUAACCCAUUGCACUCAAAUUGUAACUCUGUACUUAAAGUUAAAUAGUUUUUAUGUUUCUUAUUUUGGAAGGAUAUUCUCGAAGGUGGAAGUACCCAGCCUCAAGCGCAUCCAUUACAUCUCUUUGACUUCAACCACAUUGACUCAAUUUUUAAUCGAACCUGGGGAGAUUUUUAUGUUGUGUGGUGUGUGUAUUGUUAUGAACUUACUUCAAUAACACAAAUUUCCAUCUAUAUAUAUUUCAAUAGAUAAAACCAAGCGGUAGCCAUUUGGCAAGUCUAGUCACGACACUUUUCGCUAUCCAGAUGUUAGUAACAAACUUAAAUUAUAUGAUUUAAUCUAAAGUGAUAAAUAGUGCUUUUUGAUUUAGAGUCUAUUUAAUUUAGUGUGCAAAAUUGCAAAUUAUUGUAUAUAGUAAACAGCCAAAGGGACUAAUAUUUACAUUUAGCUACAGUCAAAUGUAAAUAUAUCUAUGUACAUUUAUAUAAAGGGCGUCCUACGGGUUUGUCACACGGAGGGAAAGUAUGGUUAAAUAUUGAAGAUAUGAUAUUUCUCUAAUAUCAAUUGUUAAGCGAUAUUUUACUAAAAUAUCCUGUCUUUAAUAUUAAUAUACUUUCCCUCCAUGUGACAAACACGUGGGACGCAAUGUCUAAAUAUUGAAAUUAAAGUAAUCAUGUAAUGCAAAUGCAACACAACGGAACUGAUUGAUGCAAAUCAAUAAGAGUUUAUUCCUGUUGACUUCUCGAUAGAUACAAACGACCGUUUACUUUGGCGUAUCGCCAGUCUGCUAAAAUGGUGGUCGCCGACAAGUAUUCUUAGCUGACCACUCGGCCACUGGCCUUCCUUCCUACCACUGAGCAAACCGAUAAAAAAUAUUUUCAACAGUUCCUCCCAGAAACCACGUGUUCCGACAGAGAUUUUUGUCUCAUACCAUUGACCUAGAUUAUAGGGAUGUAGCCUAAAAAAUGCCGCAGGUGAACGACCUCUUUGCUCUGACCUAUAGUUUAUAAAUACAGGCAACUUACAAAAUGCGAGCUGUCAGUUUAAAAAAAGAAAAUGCAUUCGUCAAUGAAAGCGGUCUUGCUCGCCUUGACGUUUUCUUUCUCUGUAACAAGCACUUACACACGCUUAAUUUACACUCCGAGUUAGUUCGGAGAUCUUGGUCAGAUCAAAUGUUAAUUAUCUGAAUAAAUAUGUCUUUGCCGUACGGCCCGCCACAGCCCGUGUCACCUCUUAUCCGAGGUCUAAGGUUUGCUUUUCUGAUAGCUGGUAUUAUUUACGCACGAGGCAAACAAAGACUUUAUAAUUCCAUGGAGGCGUCAUACCGUGAAGAAGAGGCCAAAAAGAAGAUAGUUCGUGACAAACAGCUGGCAAUACUGAAAGCUAAGAUUGCUGCUGAGGAACAGGAAACCGUGCGUCUUCUCGAAACUGGAAAAUUGUUCGAACCAGAUGGGGGAGCUGGAGGCCCUAUGUACAGUACAAGUGGAUCAGACAGAUCGUGCAAAUAAAAUCGCCAAUAUAAGAUGAUUUUUAUACGAACAUUGUCAUUGUUAAUAAUAAAAGAUUUUAACUCA